CUGUCAAAAUUGCGGUUAUUGGCGGAAGCGGACUUUAUAAUUUUGACCAUUUAACUCCGAUAAGAGAGAUUUGUCCGGAAACUCCGUGGGGUUAUCCUAGCAGUAACAUCGUUAUAGUUGAGGACCCUCGUGGUUCUCAAAUUGCUUUUCUUUCUCGACAUGGCAUUGGACAUCAAUACAAUCCUUCUGAAGUGCCGUCAAGAGCAAACAUAGCUGCCUUGAAACAUAUUGGCGUGGAAGUUAUUAUCGCCUUUUCAGCUGUUGGAUCUCUUCGAGAAGAAAUAAAGCAUCAAGACUUUAUCCUUCCUGAUCAGGUUAUAGAUCGGACAAAAGGAAUUCGACCUUCUACUUUUUUUGAAGGUGGAAUCGUGGCUCAUACAACAUUCGCCGACCCUUUUAAUACAUUACUUGCCGAAAUUAUUUAUUCCCACCGACAUUGCCUUGGGGAAAACACUACUUUACAUCGCAACAAAACGGCUGUAUGUAUGGAAGGACCUGCAUUUAGUACAAGAGCUGAAUCACACUUAUAUCGAAGUUGGGGAUGUGACAUUGUUAAUAUGUCUGCAUUGCCUGAAGCAAAAUUAGCAAAAGAGGCUGAAAUUGCUUAUCAAAUGAUAUGUAUGUCAACCGAUUAUGAUUGUUGGAAGCAAGAUGAAGAAUCCGUUUCUGUCGAAGUUGUAAUUUCAAAUUUAAAACAGAAUGUAAAUAAUGCAAAAAAAUUAUUAGCAGAAAUAUUGCCAGAUUUAGAGAAGGCGUUAGAGGAAGGAAA